CGUGUAAGGUAACCAAAAGCGCUGCGAUUGGUCCGCUCGGCGCUCGUUGUUUUCUGUUUUUCCCCUGGCAGCCUCGCUCAGUCGCCGGCCGAUCACACAGAAGCGGGACCACCAUGAGCCUAGCGGAGCUGAGAGCGCCGCGGAAGACGGCGGGGAACCGCCUGUCCGGGCUGCUGGGCCGGGAGGAGGAGGACGAGUUCUACAAGACCACCUACGGCGGAUUCAAUGAGGAAUCCGGUGACGAGGAAUAUAACGAGGAUCGCUCGGCGAGCGAGGAUGAGGUGGACUCCGACUUUGACAUCGAUGAGGGGGAGGAGCCGACCAGCGACCACGAGGAGGAUGAGCCAAAAAGGAAGCGCCGGGUGGUGACCAAGGCAUACAAGGAGCCGAUCAAGCUUCUCAAACCUAAACCCAAACCUAAGCCAGAUGCAGCGUCAAGCAGCACACCCAAGAGCCGCCCAGAGAAGCCUCCCCCCCAGGAGGCCACGGAGGACGGCGUGGACAGUCGGAAGCAGAUGCGGCAAUCCACCACCGAGCACACCCGGCAGACUUUCCUCCGCAUGCAGGAGCGCCAGGUCCAGUCUCGUAAGAAGAAAGGUCCCCAUCUUGACCGGCCGCUGACACAGGAGGAGCUACUGGAGGAAGCCAAGAUCACCGAGGAGAUCAACAUCCGCUCACUAGAGAAUUACGAGCGCCUAGAAGCCGACAAGAAGAAGCACGUGCAGAAGAAGAGGCGCUGCGUGGGGCCGACCAUUCGCUAUCACUGUGUGACCAUGCCGCUCGUCACCGACCUCAGCGUGAAGGAGGAGAACGUGGACGUGGAGGGGUUGGAACAGGAGCAGAUGGGGGAUUCCUCCACUGGACCCCCUGCAAGCAAAUGCUCCCGCACCUUCAUCACCUUCUCCGACGACGAAGCCUUCGACCAGAUCUUCCCCAGGGCCAAAGCCAAGAUGCCCAUCCGAGAGGUCUGCCCGGUCACCCACAAACCGGCCCAGUACCGGGACCCCAUCACCGACAUCCCCUACUACAACGCCCGCUCCUUCAAGAUCAUCCGCGAGGCCUAUAAGAAGUACAUCACCGCUCACGGCCUGCCCAACGCCGCCAUGGCCGGCACCAUGGGCCCGGGCGCCGCAGCGCCCGACUCGGGCCAACGCAGCACGCGGCAGAAGAUCGUCAUCAAGCAGAGCGUUCCGGUUACAUAACGCCGGGGGGGGUUUGAUAGACGUUUAUGAAGGGCCGUCGGAUGGUCCAGAUCUUCUCAUUAAAUCAUGAUGACCAUCAGGGGGGUACAGGCAUUACACCUGUAAGGGGCCCGGCUGGCUCCCCUCCCGUUUUUUUUUUUCUUUU